UCCAACGACGGCGCACCAGGUCGUCUCGAGGGGUCAUUGGGCCGGAGGCGCGAGGGCUGUGUUAUGUUUUGACUCCGCUUCCCGAGUCUGUGAUUUCUGCUCCUUGAUUCUCCCAAACAGCCUCAACCUUCAGUGUUCUUUUGCGUAAAGAAUUGCAUACCCUGUAUUCUUGCUAGCAAUUUGAAAGAUGGCCGCGGAAAGAACACCGGACGUGCAGCAGAAGGAGAGCCAGAUUCGCGCAUCUGUCCUACACGGCGCGGGAGACCUGAGAAUCGAAAACCGCUCGAUUUUCCCUCCAGGUCCCACAGACGUUCAAGUAGCUGUUCGCGCCACUGGCCUCUGCGGCUCAGAUCUUCACUACUAUCGGCAUUACCGCAAUGGCGACAUUAUUGUGCGCGAGCCCAUGUCGCUUGGACACGAGUCUGCGGGCGUAGUUGUAGCUGUUGGUUCUGAAGUAGAGAAGUCACAGAAGUUCAAAGUCGGGGACAAGGUAGCUCUGGAGGUAGGACAGCCAUGCGAACAGUGCGACCGGUGUAAGGAGGGAAGAUACAACAUCUGCAAAGAGAUGAAGUUUAGAAGCAGCGCAAAGGCAUUUCCGCACGCACAAGGAACCUUGCAGGAUAGGAUUAACCAUCCCGCGGCGUGGUGUCACAAGCUUCCGGAAGAUGUUUCGCUCGACCUUGGUGCACUUCUGGAACCGCUCGGAGUCGCUAUUCAAGCAACAAAAAGAGCGCAGCUUCCUGUCGGCUCGACAGUCUUGGUGUUCGGCGCAGGCGCAGUGGGACUGUUAGUUGCAGCAAUGGCAAAGAUAUCAGGCGCCAGCACUGUCGUGAUAGCAGACAUCGAUUCCGGACGGGUGAACUUCGCGGUAGAGAACAGCUUCGCACAUCGGAGUUUCACCGUGCCGCUGAAGCGUGGUCAGACGAUAGAAGAGAACCUCGAAAUCGCGAAGGAGACAGCUGCCGAGAUUGCAAAGGUAACAAGGGUGAGUGGAGGAGCAGUCGGCGAGGUGGAUGCUGUGUUCGAGUGCACAGGCGUGCCUUCCUGUGUACAAGCAUCGAUAUAUGCAACGCGACCGGGUGGCAAGGUCCUGCUCAUCGGCAUGGGCACUCCCAUCCAAACGCUCCCCAUCUCAGCCGCAGCGCUCCGCGAAGUCGACAUCAUGGGUGUGUUCCGAUACGCAAAUACAUAUCCCACCGGCGUCGAGGUAGUGUCCAAAAAGGGUCCCGAUUACCCAGACUUUUCAAAGCUUGUUACGCAUCGAUACAAGGGUCUCGAAUCGGCGGAAGAGGCUUUCAACAUGGCUGGGAAGACGAAGGACGACAAGGGCAAUCUCGUAAUCAAGGUCGUGAUUGAGACGGGAGAUGGCGAUAAGGCGAACCUCUGAGCUGCGCAAUGCUUGAUGGUGUUUGGAGCUGUAGAAACUCGAGUAGCUGUUGUAAAAGUCGAUCU